UUUACUGUUUAGUGCCUGUAUGAAGUUUAUUUAGUGCUGCUUAUGAAAUUAGAGACCGGGCUUGUGACUAGCUUAACUAAAUGCUAAUUUGUCUCUAAUCGAUUCAUAUGAGUGCUUAGUUUUAAAAAUCUUGUUAUAACAAGUAACACUAUGUUGGGAAAAGUAAUAGAUACACUUUGGAGCGAAUAUGUGUGGUUGCCGCCGAACGUAACAUGGUCAGAUAUAACGCCUGGACCGGAAAAGACAGUGAAUUAUACGAACCCUAAACAUGUGUUUUUUCCAAUACCGUUAGCUUUAGCUUUCAUAUGUCUUCGAUAUGUUUUAGAAAGGGUAGUGUUUGCGCCGUUCGGGAGAUACCUGGGCAUCAAUGCAGCGAGGCCCAGACGUGCGCCCGACAAUCCUAAACUAGAAGCAGCCUAUAGAUUGGCGCCAAAGAACGUGAACCAACUAUGCGGGCUAGCGAAGCAGCUGGAUAUGUCGGAGCGGCAGGUGGAACGCUGGUGGCGUCUCCGGAGGAGCCAGGAUAAGCCCUCGACUCUGGUCAAGUUCUGCGAGAACGCGUGGAAGUUCACAUUCUACGUGUUCAACUUCAGUUUCGGCGUUAUAAUACUCUGGGACAAAGUGUGGCUCUGGAAUAUUGAUCACUGCUACAUUGGAUACCCUCAUCAGGGCGUGACGAACGACGUGUGGUGGUACUACAUGGUAUCUUCAGCGUUCUACUGGUCGCUGACUAUAUCCCAGUUCUGGGACGUGCGCCGCAAGGACUUCUGGCAGAUGUUCAUCCACCACAUCGCCACCAUCGCUCUGCUCUCCUUCUCCUGGGUCUGCAACCUGCAUCGUAUCGGGACCUUGGUGUUAUUGCUGCAUGACUGUGCUGAUAUAUUUGUUGAGGCAGUGAAAGCAUCGAAGUACGCCGGUUACCAGAGGCUGUGCGACACGUCGUUCCUGGCUCUCAUCGUGGUGUGGAUCUCGACGCGAGUGGGCAUCUACCCAUUUUAUAUCAUAUGGAGCACUUCGGUCCGGGCUCCCGAGCUGGUGCCCAUGUUCCCGGCGUACUACAUCUUCAACUCGCUGCUGUGUCUUCUGCUGGUGCUGCACAUCGUGUGGACGGCUCUCAUCCUGCAGAUCGCCUACAUCACCAUCCAGGCCGGCCAGAUGGAAGGUGACAUCAGGAGCUCUUCAGACCUGAGUGACGUCACAACGCGCUCCAACGGGUCUGCCAACGGUGAUCUCCACGCAAAGAGAAAAUAAAUCACUCGGGGCUCACCACUACCUGGAACCUGGACCUCGUCUACCCUAACUGUAUCGGCUCGUACAGACAGCAUACGUCACAUUCACUUGUGAAUUGAAUUAAUCUCAAACAACACAACUUAACUGAAUUACCAACGAUAUUGUAUAACAAAUGGCAGCUCGUUUUAUAAAUACCUGAUUGUUUUUAAUUGUUCCGUAAAUAGAUAGUUAUAUAGUUUACCUCGCAGGCAGGGACCGACCAGCCUUAUCAAAAUUCAAGUUUAAAUUUUCGAAAUGAAUAGUAGAUUGUUAACCGAGGGUCAGAAGAAUCAAUUCCCGAGGUAUUUAGAUGCCCGAGCGCAGCGAGGUCGGCUAUAGUCCGAGGAGGAAUUGAUACUUUUACCCGAGUUAAACACUCUACUUUUCAUUUCGAAUAUGAGGAAAAUAAAACUAGUUGUUUAUCUAAGCACAGAUUAGUAUCCCGCCAAAUUAUUAGAAUUACCGCGCAAUUCUUGCGGCUAUAUUUAUGCGGUUGCCGCUCAAAGAAGUUUGCGCUAAGUUCACACUGGCUGUUUAGAAAGUUACAUGGCCGCAGCAUUUUUUUAAAUUAGUUCUUUUUUACAUAAAACUAUUCACAGCAGUUCUAUUUUUAAAAUUCAUUCCGGCCCUUAGGUGGGAAGUAAUUUGUGUGAGUUUUUCCCUCUGUAUGCAGGGAAGCAGCAUUUUCCACCCAAUAAUCAGAUCAAACAACAUUACUUUCCGAGUAUGAGAAAUGAAAAUAAUUUUUCAUUGUUAUGUGUCACCGAAUUAAAUUGGAAUCUGACACCCGUCUAGGGUUGCCAACAUUACACUAAAAUAGAGUUUUAUACUCUAUAACUCUUUUCAGUAGUCUUUUUUUUACACAAUGUAGUAAACAUUACUAGUGUGUCAUGUAAUAUUAUGCAAACCCAUUAUCAUAACCAAAAGAAUCGACUAUUUACUGUUAAUAUGUUGGUAUCAUCAAUUACCCAAGCCACAUUCGGAUGUUUCUAAACGCAGCUUUUCUUUGGCGUUGCUGCUGUGGGUUCUCUCUGCAUCUUCUACCGCAUUUAUCACGGGGAGUGCUCAGAGGAGCUGUUCGGAUUGAUUCCAGCGGCCGAAUUCCACCACCGGACAUUACGUGCAAAGUACCACGUCUGGCAUUCCACAACCGCGCGUUUUGCAAGAAAUUUCUUGCCUCGCACAGCAACUUUGUGGAAUCAGUUUUGCCGAACAGAUACGACUUAGGGACCUUCAAGAAAAAACCAUACUCCCAUCUUAAAGGCCGGCAUCGCAUUUCUUGACACUUGUUGUUGCGGAUGUCCAUGGGUGGUUGCCUCACCUCCCCCCAUCCCGUGAGCCUCUUGCCCGUUUGCCCCUUCUAAAUGAAGGCCAUUAAUAUCAUUAUGUCAUUAAGUGUGGCACGCUUCUUAAUAGUAUAAAAUAAAUAAUACUCUUUUUUGAAAGUCCGUAUUCUUUAUUUACCUCCUUUGAAAUCAGAUAUACUCUAUUUCCUCCAAUAAAAGUUGCCAACCCUACAUCCGUUCAGAAAAGAUAAGCAUGAGAGGAAAAAUAAAAAAAACUCGGUGACAUUCAUUUCAAGUUGGUGCAUUACUCUCGAAACAUAUUGUGACGCAUAUUAUAUGUAUAUGAACUAUGAAGGCAUAUAAAAGGCAUUUAUUUUUUCAAAAUUGAUUCCUUCAGAAUUCUUUUUGAUAUCAUUUCUAAUAUAGAAGACACUAAUACCGCUUCGGAAACAAAUUGCGCUCUGAGAGAGAAGAAGCGGCGCAAGAAUUUUUAUUCAAAUAUACAAUAUUGUACUGUCAUUGCUUUUAUUAUAAAAUAAUCAGAAUCUAGUACCAGGCUGUCGGAACACUUAGAUAUUCCGCUGUGGAGUAGUAGGAUUUGCGACAGAGUCAUUUUUUAAUAAAACAUUUAUAUUUAUUUAUAGAUAAUGCCUGAACAGCGGCUGGGACUUUAUUAUUAAAAUGUAUACAUUUACCAUUAAAGCUAUUAUGUAUCUUAUGUAUAUUGUUUAAGGCCAUUAUCCCAAGAAAUCGCAUAACUGAAACCAUUUCUUGACGUAAACCGUCAAGAAAUAGUUUCAAUGUAGAUAAAUAGUUAUUAAUUGUACACCAAUACUUUUUAACAUAACAUAGUGUUGUUAGUUUGUCUAAAUUGUAUUAUGUUUGUAAUAAAUUAAAAAUGCUUCUAUUUCUGACUUAAAACGAUGGCGAUCUUGUGCGAGAGAGGUAAACUAGCUCCGUUCGAUUCCUCAAGGCCGUUGGCAUGUAUUAAACCGGUUGCAGACGGAAAACUAAGCUAUGCCAAGGCUAAUUAAACUAAGCUAUGCAAGCUAGGCUAAGCUAAGCUAGAAAUAAAUAGCGUGCAAACCAACAGCUAAGCCAAUGCUCAGUCAGUGUUGCUUAGUUGCUGGCGAAGGAUGUCCAAAGGGUGCGCGGGGUAGUGGGAGGUUCUUAGCUUAGCUCGUGUAGCUGCGCAUCGGCAUACACAACUAACUUACCUUCGCAUAUUUUAGUUAGCUCAUAUAGCUUAGUUCGUAUAGUUUGCGGUCUGCACACAAGUAUGGAAAACUGCGUCAGCUAUACGAGCUAAGCUAAACUAACUUAGCUUAGCUCUUGUUCUGCAACCCGUAUAAUGUUGUUGAUUCAAUUGUAAUGACAAUAACCAUAUUGAUGUUUAAUACUCAUUUGUAUCAAAGUUAAAUUUUAUGUGAAAUUUGUUUACGUUUUCCGAGCUCAUCUGAUUUGUGAAGAAUUAAUUGUAUGCAUGUCUGACACUGACGUCAACUUACGGGUGCUUGAGUUAGAAUAGAACCAAAGAUUGUUUAAUAUUAUUGGGUAUUGAAAUGUAACAAAAAGAUUCAUAUUUGUAUAGUUCUGAUUAUUACAUACUUCAAACAUUUGUGUUAUAAAAUGAACAAUACAAAAUAUAUAAUGAUGGUUGUAGUGUUCGAUGAUAUUAUCAUAUAUAAGAUCAACAUAUAUGAGACGAGUAUACCGCGCAUGGUGACAGCUAGAGUGUGUGUGAGCCAUCACGUAACAUGUAUGGAGUUCUGUUGAUCACCCGGGAUCAUUAUUGUACUCUGGUCAGUGGGACAAGACCCUAGAUAUAAACAAUUCUGUAAAUUUAACAAACUCUCCCUUAUACAUCCGUCGAUGUAUAAUUCUAUAGUCUUCGUGAUUUAGUAUAGCGACGUUCCGUCACUCAAUGUCAUUUCAACAUGACAUUAUAACAAUAUCAAAGAGAAUAAAUAACAUUUUCACUGUUUUGAUGUUGGUCAUUAUAAUGUGUGUAGCAUACGCUCGGGAACGCUCUGUUUCUAACAAUAUUUAGUUCACCACAAUAAAGGACACUUAAAAGAGACGCCAGUAGAACAUGCAAUAAAACAGGACAUAAUAUUUUAUCAUUUAAUUCAAUUAGAGCAUAGUUUCUCAACCUUAUUUUGCUCACCGCUUACUGUGAGAAUAUGUUUUUUUUCUAGAGUAUUUUCGUGUAUUUUUUUGUCUUUUUAGACUAUAUUUUUUAAUCUACCCACGCCCCAUCUGGGCCAUCUCAAUGCCCCCUAAUUAUCUCUGGGUCUUCUACUGCCCCCCCGAAAGUCUCAAACGCCCACAAGGGGGCGUUAUCGCCAACGUUUAGAACCUAUGAAUUGGAGAUUUGAAACAAAAUUAUAAACUAAAGAUUUAAAGACUUGUUGACUAUAGUAUUAUAACUUUUUUUAAUUUAAGAUUCAAUUGUUCAAAGUAAUCAGUCCUGUUUCAAUGACAGUGGAUCAUCUGACGUCACUAACAUGGCGGCCCGUCCCUGUCUCAGCGCUCAGCCAUUAUAAUUAAAAAUUUAAAUAUUUUCUCUAUGCUAUUUGGAACGUUCUGUAUAAAAUUGAUACUUAUAUUUCUACUAUGAAUGUUUGAUAACACCUCGAAUAGAUAAAAUGUGUCAUUCUUAAUAUUGUUCAGAACGGAGUUUUGUUCGACCUUCACUUUUCUAAACAGACGAUCGUAUUCCAUACUGUGAGAUGAGGCCAUAUGUCUGGCGCCUGCCAUCAUCCCGCCACUUCAGUGAUAGAGUUGGAAGAAGGUGUAAUAUUGUUUAUGUACACCCAUGCCUUAAAUGCUCUAUUAAAGAUUCUAAAACAGUUAGCUUAUUGCCAACAUUAAAACACCCAAUGUCCUAAUAACCAUUACAUCAUCCAAACGAGUGUUGUAAUGAAAUCCAGUACAACAAUACAACACUCGUUUGGUUGAUGUAAUGGUUACUAGGACUGGCUUUUUUAAUGUUAGCAGUAAGCUGUUUCAGAAUCUUAUAUGUAGAGGAUUCAUAUUAUUUGACAAUUAGGUAUUGAAACACUCAUGUGAUACUAUUAUCACACACACCACAUUCGUGUUUUAAUACCCCUUAUUACACAACAGUUGCAUAAAAAUCUAUUACCUGUCUUAUUCGAAAGACACAUAAGCUGGAGUAUCUCAGUAUAAUUCUCUCGCAACGGCUUGCGGUAAGCGGUGCGACUUUUCGGAACACCACGAGUCAGAGCAUCUUACACACUGUUAGUAAAUAGUGACGUCACUGUCAGCUAUUAGAAAGUAGCGACCGGUCUUGUGAAUAAUACCAUGUGUAUUGCCGAGGACGAUACCGCCUCACGUAGUUAUAACUGUUAUGUCCAGUUGCAGAAAGCUUUUUUGCUUUUUUAAAGUUUAUGUUCCGUUAUAUCACAUGCUAUCUUUAAUAAUAAUAUUGACACACUCUUACACAAUUAAUUAUCUUGCCCCAAACUAGGCAUAGCCUGUACUAUGGUUACAAGACAACGAUAUAAUAUUUAAAACAAUAUACAUACCUAAGCAUACAUAAAUACAAAUAAACAUCCAUGACUCGGAAACAAACAUUCAUAUUUAUCAUAUAAAUGUUUCUACCUACCGGUAUUCGAACCCGGGACCUCUAGCUCAGUAGGCAGGGUCACUAACCACUGGUCGAAUAGUUUGACUGUCAAAAUGAAAAUGAAAGUGACGAUAUUAUAUUUAAUGAAACAUUAACUUUAAUGAUGCUUUCAGCAACUGGCGAUAAGUAAUUAAUGUCGUUUGUUGAGUAUAUUUUGAUUAACUUACUAUACAUAGUAAUAAUGAUUGUUCUCCAUAACUUCGUGUGUUGCCAUAUCAGUUGGCAGCUGCGGAGUGACAUCUGAAAUACCUACUGACUAGCUUCCCUUAUUCUUCGAUAUAUUUAUUAUUGAUGUGAUACUGAGUGUCUGUACAUUUUUAUAUGAUAUAUAAAUGUUUUAGAUGUAAAUACUUGUUGUGGUUUCUGCUUACUAUAUGUGUCUUUAUACUAUAAAGGGGUAGAUUGUUUGUAGAAGGUAAUAUUAUAAUACAGAUCCUAUUUUGUACGCGGUAUAUUUUUAUAUUUUUUUUGUAUGUAAAGCUCUUUUCAGACAUUGCUAUACUAUUGUGAUAUAUAGUAUAGCAAAUAAGGACCUAAUGCUAUACUAUAUAGCAUGGCGUUCACAUUACCCGAUAUAAUCGAAAGCAGACGUAUUGUGAUACGCAAAUAAGAUGAAAAUACUACUAAAUAAAUAAGACAGCCUAAGUAAAAAUUGAACUUUAGUUAAGUAUGAAACGUGCAGUUAUUUGACAUAAGUUUGAAAUAUUAGUAAUUACAGUAUCGCGAUUGGCCACGAAGUAUAAUCCGGCUAAGUUUGAAAGCGAACAGUUGCUUAGCGUGGAUUUCGGCUAUCCCUUUUUUUUUAGAAGAUUAUAGCUGUCAAUCUGUCAAUGACUGCACGUUUCAUACAAUCGAGUGAAUCACUUUUUUCUUACAGAGUUUCACAAGGCUGGGGAUUUGUUUCGCUUGCGGGACAUUAAUAUAUCGUACGGUGAAGUGUGAACGUGUCCUUAAUAAUCUAUGUUGCGCGAUAUUAUAAUGCUAUGAACUAUAUUCUAUUAUAUUAUAGCGUAGUCUGAAACGAGCCUACUGUUUUACUUGUCUAAUAUCAUUGAUCAUGUUUGGUCGUGGGUCAUAUUAUGUAUGUCAACGGACAGAUAGAUGGAUUUGGUGGCAUUUCUAAGUGAAACUUUAUUUUUGUUAACCAAUAUUCUGAAAAUAGUACACACUACAUUCCAAGCGCGUCAGUAACUAAAUAACCACAACGCUAAGUAAUGAAAUGCUACUUAAUUCACCAGUAGGUACCACAUUGUACCACAAAAUAAAAUAUUACUAUUAUUGUAUCGGGCUUUCUUUGCGAAAAUACUUUAAAAAUAUUAUCCGCUUAAUGUUAUGUCGUUGUCCUAAAUCUGUUACUUAUUAUUUAAAUGUGUUAGGGUAUACACAGAAGACACCCUCACUAUGUAGUGUGAACUGUCUAUUAUUAAAUGGCUUGGCGCUAGUUGAAUUGCUUUGUAGUGAACGAAUUUGUCGUUAGUUUAUUUAAUUGUAGAGUUUAAGUUUGUAUCAUAAACGAAUUUAAUUUAAUCCUAACAUCGACAUUAUAACCCAUUCAAUUCCUAAUAGCCAUUCGCGUGCCGUUGAGCGACGCACGAGAGCUCACGGUCACGCUCACUGAGAGCUCACGGUCGCGGUCACUGAGAGCUCAUGGUCGCGGCCACUGAGAGCUCACGCUCUGGGUUACUGAGAGCUUACGGUCACACAGUCGCGGUCGUCACAAACAGAUUCUACAAAUGAGUUAUCUUGAGGGUUAAUUCCGCCAAUAUUUGUCUUCAAACAAUUCGAUUAGGAGAUGUUGACUUGCCAAAGUCUGGCACGAGACUCAGUCUACUACUAGUCUAGUCGGACGAGGCGUCCUCGGGAGAAACUCUGGCAUGAGACACUAGUCUUGUUUGGCGAGGCAAAAUCUCCUGAGGAUGCCUCGUGUAGAGGCGAAACACUUGUGGAAUUCGUUGAAGACAAAUAUUAGCGGAAAUUACACUCACAAAACAUUUAGAUAGUUAUGAAAUUCCGUUAAGUGACGCCUACUUCAAUAAAAAGUCACAACAAGUGAUAAGUGAUCGCUACUGGCGGGCCACCGUGGAUCUAUUAUCCUUUAUUCGUAUCUGAAAGUAGGCCCUUUAUUAGGUGUUUAUGAUGGCCGAUGAAAUCUAAUUAUUAUUAUUUAUAAAUGUUCGGGUUAAUUUUUUGAACUGUUUAAGGUUCAAUGACCACUUAUAACGGAUGUCGGCGAAGGAAAGAGAUCGAACGAAAGAGUUGGAGCGAGAUAGAAAGAGGUCGUUGUUCGUGUUGGUUAUGUUUUAUGGAGAGGCUUUACAUUACGAGUGCUCAAGUUUUAUUGCAUUCGUAUUGGCAUUGUAACUUGAAUAGUUCAUAGUUAAGUUCAUUAUGUUUAUUUGUGUGAAAAUUAAUUUAAGUUCAAUUCUUAAGAAUAUUAUAAAUAUGUUGUAAUAUUAAAUGAAUGUUUUACUGUGUAUCUUCAAAUGCAAACAGUUUAAUAAAAAGAUUACUCAUAUGGGUUUACUGUUCACGGAUUGUCUAAAUGAAAUGAAUAUUUUGAUUAAAUACUGCCCAAGUCUAUUGUCCUCCUGUUAAGAGUUUUGUUCGUAUAAUGUCAAGAAAAAUUAUACAAAAUAUACCUUUAUUACAAUUCAA